CGGAAGGCGUCCCCGGCGAACCCCGGCUCAAAAAACAGCACUCAGCUUCGGGCGGGGACGAAAAGUCGGAAUGGAUCUCUUAGGAGCUGUCUCUAGAGUCAAAGAAGGCGACGGGGUAACAAACGGAUUUCCGAAGGGCGCCAUGUUUUGGAAGUUUGACCUGCACACGAGCUCUCACCUGGACACACUGCUGGAGAAGGAGGACCUAAGCCUGCCGGAGCUGCUGGAUGAGGAGGACGUGCUGCAGGAGUGCAAGGUUGUCAACCGGAAGCUCCUAGACUUCCUGCUACAGCCAUCCCACUUGCAGGCCAUGGUGGCCUGGGUCACCCAAGAGCCCCCAUCCAGUGGUGAGGAGCGGCUGCGCUACAAGUACCCUAGUGUAGCCUGUGAGAUCCUGACCUCUGAUGUGCCCCAGAUCAACGAUGCCCUGGGUGCAGAUGAGUCCCUCCUGAACCGGCUCUAUGGCUUCCUGCAGAGUGGUGACAACCUCAACCCACUGCUUGCUAGCUUUUUCAGCAAGGUCAUGGGCAUUCUCAUCAAUCGCAAAACAGACCAGCUUGUGUCCUUCCUGCGCAAGAAAGAUGACUUUGUGGACCUGUUGCUGCGCCACAUUGGCACCUCGGCCAUCAUGGACCUCCUGUUGCGCCUGCUUACUUGUGUGGAGCGGCCCCAGCUGCGGCAGGAUGUCUUCAAUUGGCUCAAUGAAGAGAAGAUUGUCCAGCGACUAAUUGAGCAGAUCCACCCAUCAAAAGAUGACAAUCAACAUUCCAAUGCAUCCCAGUCCCUGUGUGACAUCAUCCGCCUGAGCCGGGAGCAGAUGAUCCAAGGCCAGGACAGCCCGGAGCCAGACCAGCUGUUGGCCACCUUGGAGAAGCAGGAGACCAUCGAGCAGCUUCUGAGUAACAUGUUUGAGGGAGAGCAGUGCCAGUCUGUCAUUGUCAAUGGGAUCCAGGUGCUGCUGACCCUCCUGGAGCCUAGGAGGCCAAGGUCUGACUCUGUGACCAUGAACAACUUCUUUAGCAGUGUGGAUGGGCAGUUGGAGCUCCUGGCCCAGGGGGCCCUGGAUAAUGCAAUGUCCAGUAUGGGUGCCUUGCAUGCCCUGCGUCCCCGGCUUGACCGCUUCCAUCAGCUCCUGGUUGAACCUCCCAAGUUGGAGCCUCUGCAGAUGACGUGGGGCAGUCUGUCCCCACCCCUGGGUAACACGAGGUUACAUGUGGUCAAGCUCCUGGCCAGUGCCCUGAGUACCAACGCCGCUGCCUUGACGCAGGAGCUCCUGGUGCUGGAUGUACCCAACACCUUACUGGACCUCUUCUUCCACUAUGUAUUCAACAACUUCCUGCAUGCUCAAGUGGAGGUGUGUGUGAGCGCCAUGCUGAGUUCCGGGCCCCCUUCAGACAGCAGCUCCGAGACACCUGUCCCAAACCCUAUUGUGAAACAUCUCCUUCAGCACUGCCGCUUGGUGGAGCGUGUUCUGACAUCCUGGGAGGAGAACGACCGUGUGCAGUCUGGAGGGGGCCCAAGGAAAGGCUACAUGGGUCACCUGACUCGGUUGGCCAAUGCUGUGGUGCAGAAUGCAGAACAGGGGCCCAAUGCUGAACAACUGGGGCAGCUUCUAAAGGAGCUGCCAGAAGAGCAGCAGCAGCGGUGGGAAGCGUUUGUGUCAGGACCCCUGGCUGAGACCAAUAAGAAGAACACAGUGGAUCUGGUGAACACUCACCACCUUCACUCCUCCAGUGAUGAUGAAGAUGACCGCCUCAAGGAGUUCAACUUCCCCGAGGAGGCUGUAUUGCAGCAGGCCUUCAUGGACUUCCAGAUGCAACGCAUGACCUCAGCCUUCAUUGACCACUUUGGCUUUAAUGAUGAGGAAUUUGGGGAGCAGGAGGAAAGUGUGAAUGCACCAUUUGACAAGACUGCCAACAUCACCUUCUCCCUAAAUGCUGAUGAUGAGAAUCCCAAUGCCAACCUGCUUGAGAUAUGCUACAAGGACCGGAUCCAGCAGUUCGAUGAUGAGGAAGAAGAGGAGGAGGAGGGCCGAGGUUCAGCAGAGUCAGAUGGAGAAUAUGGUGCCUGGCAGGGCAGCCAGCCAGCGAGGGCAUCCCAUGCAGGCCAGCCCCCUGGUGUCCGGAGUGGAGGAAGCACAGAUAGCGAGGAGGAUGAGGAGGAUGAGGAAGAGGAGGAUGAGGAUGAGGGGGCUGGCCAGGCAGCCUGUGGAAGAACCAGCCCUUCCUCCUUCCCCAGCCCCAGCCCUCAGGCUUCUGGCCCAAGUUGGACAGCUACCUUUGACCCAGUGCCUACGGAUGCCCCAACAGGUUCUCCAGUUUCCAGGAAGGCAGACAUGUCCUCUACCCAGAUCCUGACCAACCCUCUAGCCCAUGAUGCCCCACAGCUCAGGUCUCAGGACCCCAUACCCCCCUCAGCACCUCAGGAAGUCACAGAUAGCAGCAAAGUAGCGGAGGCCUUGGCCCCCUGCCAGGCCUUGGUUAGUGUUGCGGAUGUCCAGGCCACUCUGCAUGGGAUGCGCUCUGCCCCCAGCUCCUUGGACAGUGCAACCAGAGACCCCUCUACCUCUGUCCCAGCCUUUGAGGCCCACCAUUCCCCCCAGACCAUAGAGGGGGAAAAGAGCCCAGAACUUUUGGGGCUUCCCCAAAGCCAGAGUGCCCCGGCCCUUGAGAUGCCCAAUGGCUCUACCCCAGGAGGGCCUGUUUCAUUGGGUUCCCAGUGAGUGUGGCUACAGCCGGGGGUGGGUGAGCGAGAUGGGGGUCACUGGACCCUUACACAUGUUUCCCUCUGUUUCCAGGUAGCUGCCUGGUGGCAGUGGUGGCCAAAUCCUCUGUCCUCCCUAUGGAAUCCCCCAGUGGGGCAGAUGGGUCCUUUGGUGGCCCUCUACCCCAUUGCCCCAUACCCUACAUUCUCUCCUCUGGACUCCCAAGGAGGCUGGUGCCAGGGAGAUGCCCUCACCCACCCCCAUUUGCACUGAGAAGAGAAACUAUGGAGCUUUGUCUCCAAGAAUAAAGAUAGAGAGUCACAUAGAGAAAGGAGAGAGAGAGAGAAGUAUAUUAUAUAUUAUAUAUAUAUAUAUAUAUUGAGGGAGGAGUAAGAAAGGAAGCCAGGACAAUUAACUGGGCCAGCAGCUCUGAAGCACAACCUCCGUCUGUCCCAGUGGGGACUUGGCGCUGGGGCUUGAGGCCACUUACCUGUGCUCUGGUGCAGAUGCUCACACCCAGCCUUUCACUCAGGACCACCUUGGGGUUUAACAGAGGGCAUCAGGCCUAUAUGGCCAUGUGUGUGUCCAGACCUUGCACUUUGACCA